GGAGUCAGGCUGGUUAAGCGUCGGAGCUGCUGGCCCCGCGGCUCUUUCACGCGCGCCGCAUCGCCCUCUCCUGUUCGGCUAUGCGCCCUCCGCGCUCCCUCCCGCCGGGGUUUCCUGGGACGCGGCUCUGCUCCAGCCUUUAGGCGCCGCCAGGGCCCCGAGCUCCGCUUUGCCUCGCGCCUCGACGCCCCUCCUGCUGCCUGCGCCGCCGCCACCAUGUCGGAAACCCGGAGCUGCUGCGACGGCAAGAAGGACGUGCAGGUGGAAGGCGGCAUCUACCUGGAAGAAGGGCAGUGCGACUCCGGCCUCGGCUCCAUCCGCUCCCUGCAGGGCCAGCUGCCCGAAGGCGGGCCCCGGUCGCCGGCACCCCGAGGGGUCCGUUCGGACAAAGCUGCCGAUUUCCCGGACGCGGCCGCAGGCAAGGAGGGCUCGGCGUCGGAGCCGGACGAGCGGCUAGAUUCCAGCUACGGCUCUUCCUCGCUCGUCGAGUCUUUGGCGGGGCUGGGAGAGACCCCUCGGCACCCUGGCGAAGAGGAAGAGGAGGAAGAGGCCGAAAGGGUCCGGCAGCAGCUGCUGCUGGAGACGUUCGCUUUCGUCUCGGAGGACGGAGACACGUUGCUACACCUGGCAGUCAUUCACUGUGUACCUGCAAUAGCACUCUGCUUCAUUGCCCAAUUGCCAGUGGAGGUUUUAGAGAUCCAGAAUGACUUAUUCCAGACCCCGCUUCACCUCUCCGUGUACCUGGAACAGUCCAGAGUGGUGCAAGCGCUAGUUCUGAGAGGAGUGAACACAGCGCUGCAAGACCGCAAUGGGAACACACCACUGCAUUUGGCCUGUGAGCAGCAGAGUCUGGAGUGUGUGCAGCUGCUGCUGCAGGGGAUCAUCUCCAACAAGACUUUGGAGGCUAGAAAAAGCCACCAAGAUUUGCACCUCCAGAACUGGCAAGGCUUGACUUGCCUACAUAUCAGCACCUUGAAAGGGAACCUGCAUCUGAUGGCAUUGUUGGUGAAGAGUGGAGCCGACAUCGAUGUUCAGGAUGGCACAAGCGGAAAGACACCCCUGCACAUGGCAGUGGAGAACCAUGACGAGAUGGCUGUGAAGCACCUCCUUGAAAUGGGGGCCCAGGUGGAUGCCCAGAUGUACAACGGUUGCACCCCACUGCACCUGGCAGUAGGCAGGAAGGACGCUGCGAUUGCUGCCAUCCUCUGCCAAUCGGGGGCAGACACCUUGCUGCGGAAUAUGGAGGAUGAGACGGCCCAGGACCUGGCUGAUGAAAACGAUGAUAUUCUUACACUCUUGCCUUUUGAUGACCUGAAGAUCUCUGGCAAACCUGUUGUGUGCUCCAGUUGAACAUUGCAAAAUGUGAAUGAAUACAUCAUUGGGAGACGUAUCCCGCUGCUGCAGGUUGAUAGGAGCAGAGCUGGUCACCGGUAUAUCAUUCCCCUUCUUGCAGAAUUGGAGCCUUUUGUGCUUCUUCAGACACUUACAAUAGUGCGCAGGACUUUGGGAGCUGGUGCAAGAGAAAAAAAUCGUUCUUUGUGUAUUUAAUUUGAUGGCGUCAUGGAGUUGCCGCCUACCUGAGUGACAAGAGUCCAGAUAGACAGAUUCUAUGUUUGCUUUGCCUGCUGUGUUGAAAAUUGGAGACACCAGAAGUUCUAGGAGGACACUUAUUUUUUCCAAGGCUGCACAGUCAACAGAGGUGGUGUGUCAGCCCUCAUUUUUCCUUCUUCCUCCAGCCCCCGCCAUUCACCUCAAGUCUGUGAUGGAACUAUAAUAGGGGUUUUUCUCUUUCCAGUCCGCCAGAGUCACUUCUGUUUUUAAAAUGCUUCCUUCCCGCACACCAGCUACUUUCUGAUCUAGCUACUGCUGCUCAGGCCUUCUGCUUUUCCUUCAGUGGCCAGCUGAGGAUUGACUCAGGCUUCUAAUUCUGCAACAUCCAGGACUGCAAAUUGUUCCAUUCUCUCCGUUUAGUCCACCUGUUGACUCCCAUGGAGGAUAACCCUUGCAAGCAGAGUGGACAGACAACUCUUUAGUUCCUCCCUACUGCUUCUGUGACGUGCCAGAAGGAACUUGAAGGCUGAGCUUAUGGGGACAAAAUGAGACUUUCUCUCAUGCCUCAAGAUAACUGGUGUUCUUGAGGCCAGAGUCUCGAAGCAAAGGAGCCUUAUUCUGUUCCAGUUCUCUUUCAGAUUUACUAGCUAAUACUGCUGUACAAGCAAGUUCCUUAUCUCUAAACUGCCAUCCUAAAAACACCACACUUCCCUCGCGGUGCCGGCAACUUGAAGUUCUGCCUGUGGAGCAAGGGAGAACAAGGAAAUUCCAAGGCCUACCCCCCUUCAUAAAGCGUUGU